AUGCUGCCUGCCGUGGAUGAGCGCCAUGACGACAUCAUCGUGAUGUAUUCCAAAAUCCCCCAACCCGUAGGGCUGAACGGAGUCUUUCUUGGCUUUAAAGCUUGGCUACGAUCGCCAUUGCUUUAUUUGCCCAUCGGUUCCGUCCCUGAAUACUCAUCAUCUCCAUCAUCCAUGGCUUCCUCCCGAAUUCGACACGAUCCCACCUGGUCCGCCCGCCAAGGUCUGGCUGGCUCAUUCUUGAAACUAUUCCUUCGGACCUACACAGCCUGUCACUUCAAAUGGCCCAUUUCUCUCAAGCCACACCAUGAAGGGGACCGGUUUGUGGUGAUCGACCCCGCCCCCACGCGGUUUUACACAGGCAUUGCAGUGGAUAAAGAAGUCAGGCCUGAGCCCGUCGGGGCCACUUGGUUUCCAGAACCUUGCAUUGGCGCCACCUCCAUUCCUGAUGGGCGAUACGUCGUGCUUCAUCUUCACGGUGGUUCGUAUGUGCUGGGUGACGGACGCACCUCCUCCUGCAACUUCCUCGCGAAGACCCUUCUCACCCACACCCCGGCCAGUCACCUCCUGUGCUUACAGUACCGACUCGCCUGCUACCCCAACGGCCGAUUCCCAGCCCAGCUACAAGAUACCCUCGCGGCGUAUGCCUACCUCAUUCACACCCUACAGAUCCCUCCAUCCCGCAUUGUUCUAUCCGGCGAUAGCUCAGGGGGGCACCUUGCGCUGGCCCUGCUGCGCUACAUAGUCGAGUACGACGGCCCAGCCCGCCUCCCGCCUCCGAAGUGCAGCUGGCUCUGGUCGCCAUGGUGCGAUGUCCCUGCCGCAGUGGACCCGGACAUUUGGACCCAAAGCGAGAACUACGGCACCGAGUACAUCCCAGGCUCCUUUCCCACCUGGGGCGCCCGGCAAUUUUUGCGCGAUCUAGCCAUCACGGAGACGGUGGAGCGGUACGUGGCGCCUAUCCACCAUCCGUUCAUGCUCCCCUCGCCCGUGUUGAUCAUCACCGGCGGUCGGGAAGUUCUGUUUCCCGAUCAUCAGGAGCUUGUCCGACGGUUCCAUGAAUCAGCCCGCAAUGAAUCACAGAUCGAGCUCGUGGUAGAAGAGAAGGUGCCUCACGACGUUCUCAUGAUUGGCUGGAUUAUGAAGUUCCAGCAGGAAGCGGAGGCUUGUGCUCGACAAGCGGGGGAUUUUGUGCGGCGCGUGGAGGCUUCAGAGAGGUUGGGGGUGACGAAGCAGGAAGAGCUUAGUGAAUACACAUCAAUAAUGGAGUACCCAGCUCAACGAAAAACAUACAGGGGUGGGAGCGCCGAGCGCCGGAGUCCGGAGUUUUCCAAGUGCGCCCCACCGUUUGCUCCUGCAGCUUGA